AUGGAGCAGAAAGAUGAGAAGCCCCCUGAGGAUGGGCCACCUGUCGCCCCGACAGCAGAGGGCACUGGGACACCCGGAGGUGGUGCCUCUGCAGAGGGGGCCACUGAGCAUACAGCUGGGGAGACCGCCGGAGAGAGGCCUCCGAAGACGGCAGGAAAGCAGGAAGAUGGCGUGUCUGCGGAGCUCCAGGGAGAAGCCAGCGGUUCAGAUGAGGUCAAGGUGGAAUCCCAGAGUGAGUCUGGAGAGAAAGAAGCGGCCAAGGCUGAACCUACGACGGCGAACGGAGGGAAGGAAGAGGACACGGCAGCUUCUCAGGGGAUGACUGACAGCAAGGAAGAGAUCGGAUCCGAACCCAAGGAGGCUGAGGACAAGGAGGAGGCCUCCCUGGCCUCCGAGAAGCAGCAGGCUGAGGAGAAAGAAGCCAAGGCGGGAUCUGUGAAGGACAAGGUCCAGCCUGAGUCCCAGGAGGCUGAAGGGGAGAAGGAGGCCGCAGCAGCCGCUCAGGAGAACGACAAGGUGCAGGAGCCCCAGGCAGAAGCCAAGGAGAGGGCUGCUGACACAGAGGCCACGCCGGAACCCCAGGAGGCAGCUGUUGCCCAAGACAAGGCUGAGGCUGAGUGUGAGCAGGCCGAACAUGACACUAAGGAGGAGGAGGUGAGUGAGGGAGGCAGCCUCCCCCUCCCCCACCGCCAACCAGGCAGCCCCGCUGCAGGGCAGCAGCAGGACACAGAGAAAGAGCCAGAGGAAGGGGCAGGCGUGGUUCCCGGCUCUCCCGAGGAGUGGCCUGAGAGCCCCACGGAGGGCCUCAGUCCAGAUGGGGUGGGUCCAGCAUCCGGCGAGACCAGCCCUUCAGCCAGUGAAUCUUCCCCCAGCGACAUGCCCCAGAGUCCCACGGAGCCCCCUCCCUCGGAGGAGAAGAAGAAGGAGAAGGCACCAGAACGCAGGGUGUCAGCCCCUGCCCGGCCCCGGGGCCCCCGCGCACAGAACCGCAAAGCCAUCGUGGACAAGUUUGGCGGGGCAGCCUCGGGCCCCACUGCUCUUUUCCGGAACACUAAGGCAGCUGGGGCAGCCAUUGGUGGGGUCAAGAACAUGCUGUUGGAGUGGUGCCGGGCCAUGACAAGAAACUAUGAGCACGUGGACAUCCAGAACUUCUCGUCCAGCUGGAGCAGUGGCAUGGCCUUCUGUGCCCUCAUCCACAAGUUCUUCCCCGACGCCUUCGACUACGCGGAGCUGGACCCCACCAAGCGGCGGCACAACUUCACCCUGGCCUUCUCCACAGCAGAGAAACUGGCCGACUGUGCCCAGCUGCUGGAGGUGGAUGACAUGGUACGGCUGGCAGUGCCCGACUCCAAGUGCGUCUACACCUACAUUCAGGAGCUGUACCGCAGCCUCGUGCAGAAAGGGCUGGUGAAGACCAAGAAGAAAUAA